GCUUCUUGCGCUUUUCGGUCGGGUUGCCGCGAACGAACGCUUCGUGGCGACGCGUGUCGGAGUUUCAAGCAUUCUUCCUGUCGGACGUCUGCGGCGGAGCGUGGAGGCUGUCGUCGCCGCCUCACCUAAGUUACCCACGUCCGUCCAAGACACCGGACGACGCCGGCGGUGUUCCGCCAUGGUGGGCCUGGCGAAGACGUCUUCCUCAGCCGGCUUGUCGGCAUCUCGUGCCGACCUGUUUCGCACCGUCUCAUCGGCCGGUGCCGCCGCGCUUAUGGGCGGCGGAGGAACUGGAGUUCAUUAUCUCGUCGAGCUCUGGAGAAACGAUCAAUAUGACAAGAUAUCCCAGCACACUCAUCAAGGCCUGCAGUUUCUAGAGAACUUUAGUCAAUUCAUCAAGGACCGUUCGACAAUCGAGACGGACUAUGCUGCGCGACUCAGGAAGCUUGCAAAGAGCUAUCAACCGAAGAAGAAAGAUGAUGAGGACAACGGUUACACGUCAUCGAAGGCAUUCUGCUUGGUCUUGAAUGAAAUCAACGACAUUGCUGGUCAGCAUGAACUCAUCGCAGAGAACCUCUCCACGAGCAUAAACAGGGAAGUCGCCACACUCAUCAAGGAGCUUAAAGAGGAACGCAAGAGGCUUUUGUCCGAGGGUUCCAAACUGCAGACAGCUCUGCAGAAUUCUGUUACAUCGCUUGACAAGAGUAAAAAAUACUACGAGAAGAUGUUCAGAGAAGCAGAAAAGGCUCAAGAGGCAUUUGCUAAGGCUGAUGCUGACCUCCAGCUCUCCAGGGCAGACUUGGAAAAGGCAAAACAAAACUCGCUGGCUAAAAAUAAAGCUUGUGAAGACUCAAAAACGGAUUAUGCAAAUCAGCUACAGAAGACAAACCUGCUCCAACAAAAGCAUUAUAGUGAACUUAUGCCAAAAGUGUUUGAGCAACUGCAGAGCUUAGAUGAACGUAGAACAGCAUCUCUACAGAACUACAUAAAGAAGGCCGCAGAGAUUCACCGAGAAGUCAUUCCUAUCAUUCUCAAAUGUCUCGAUGAAAUCGUAGUUGCGGCCGACUCCAUAGACCCAAAAAAGGAUGCUGAAACAGUGGUGGAAAAGUACAAGUCCGGCUUUGUGCCCGCUGAUGACUUUCCGUUUGAGGACUUGAGUGUAACGCGCAACUGUGACUCAAGCAGCACGACUGGCAGCACAGUGAACUCCUCAUUUAGAGGCGCAGGAGACACAGUCCGGGGCACCAUCUCCACUGGCAAGAAGAAGCGGUCAGGCCUGUUUGGAAUUUUCAGCUCAAACAAGAACAACAUUGAUGAAUUCAAGGAUGACUACAGCAAUCUGCCUCCAAAUCAGCGGAGAAAAAAGCUGUUGCAAGAACUGGACAAGACACGAACACAGAUCAACACACUGACACAAGCACGAGAGGGCCUCUUCAAGCUGAAGGGUUCGUAUGAGCAGAAUGCCGCUCUGGGAGACCCUCAGACUAUCCAGGGAGAGAUAAAUGACAUUGGUGCCAAGCUUGAGAAGCUCCAAACAGAUUUGGAGAAGUAUCAGAACUACCUGACGGAGGUGGACAGCCAGAUGGCAACUCCUGAUACACAGAAGCGCUACCGUAAUAGCUUCUCAGAAGGCUCGUUGUCGCGCAGUGCCUCUGAGUCGAGCGUCUCCAACAACCACCAGAACAACAACAAGGGACCCCCAACACCCAUCACUGCGCAUAACAACACAGCCUGCCGUCCUGAAAGUGGCCUUGGAACGAGUCACACAAGCAUCCCUGACGACGAUGGGGACUUUGAAGAGAAUGGCUAUGAAGUGGAUUCGUUUGAGGCAGAGCUUUUGCCAGCUCUGGGUCGAGCUGUGGCCAUUUAUGCUUUCGAUGCCCAGAGUGAGGGUUCUAUCCCGAUGGAGGAAGGGGAGGAGUUCCUGGUAGUGGAGGUCGACCAAGGAGACGGGUGGACGCGGGUGCGACGAGAGAACCUCGAGGAGGGCUUUGUUCCCACCUCCUACCUCGAGUGCACUAUGUUCAACAGCUGCUAGCCCUCCUCUCCUACUUUUCUGCCAGUUUAUAUGGGCAUGGUCCUGUGUUGGUUCUUUUGUGCAUUCCUCUUCGCCAGAUAUGGAUCAGACAGGGAGGAGCAGCUCUGACAGUUGCUGCCACAAAGAGAAAUGGUGGAAGCCACAGCUAGCUUCGACGCUCUCAGUAUGCCCUUUGUUUGUGGUACCAGUGGCCACGUAGGGAUUUAUCGCCCGUCGCUGCGCAGGGAGAGAGAAAAAGAAGUGAUGGGGGGCAGAAAUGCACUUGUAGCUGAUCCUUCUCUUUAGUCACAUGCUCAUGUAGGGAGAAGGCUGAUAGCGCUGAAUUGUAUUGAGCGUUUGUAUAUCUACUAGUUCAUAUCUGUGUGUAUGUACUGUGUGUGUGUGUGUGCAUGCAACUACGGACAGAAAGGGAGAAAUGUGAGGCUUUGUGUGAACUGUUUACAUGGCUGCAUUUGAGCUCACUUAGGAACAAAAAAAAAAAAAAAAGCUAAGGCCUGCAUAUUUAAAUGCUUUCUUUUGAAGCACUCCUUUUUUUUCUUAAUUGGGGGGAAGGGGGGAUGUGUGUUUCGCCAUUUACUGGUUUCAGUGAUGCCAAGAAGGGCGACAUGGUGCGCUUCCCCCAAUCCCAGCUACUACUAGUUAUAAUGCAUGAUGCAGUUAAGAGAUGGCCCCAACUGUGCGCUCCCUUCUGGGUUAUGCUAAAUUUGUACAUAGUUAAGGGAAUGUGUUGUUUCACCUUCCUUCUUGCCUUCUGUGGUCGGCUUCCAAGGCAGUCAGUGAACUCAAGUGUCACCACUGAUGACAUUGUGAGCAGACUUGCUGCAGUAAAAGCAUUGCAGCAACACAAACUUCGUGGAGCAGCACCACCUGAAAUUUCACAUACCCUAUCCAAAGCUGAUGUGUGCAACUAAAGUGGUACACUGGGUAUUGCCUUGUAUGCUUUCUGUUUUGUCUAUUUAUUUUGAAGAUGGCAUUAGGUUAUGCCGGUUUUAAUUUGCCUGCAGCUGCCAUCUGUCUCCUUCUUAUAGAGUAAUGAGAAAUGACAAACUUCCUUUCGGAUGCUUACUGCAAACUUGAGCUGAACCUUUGGCCAUGUACAUUUAAUGGCUUAAAUGUCGCUGCAACAGUGAGGCCGCAGCAUUUUCGUCAUUGUUUCACCAAAAUUGUCAUUGUGCUAACACUAGCACCAGUGGCACAUGUCAAUCGGGGAGUGUCUACGCAGGGCUUAUUUGGCCACUUUCAGGUAUGUGCAUGUUUACAAGAAUCGGGAAUUGCACUUUUGAGAGACUAUAAUGACUAGCGGUUCCCUGUAGUGACAGAGGCUUCCGAGAUGCAGGAAUUCCUCAUAUAUUGAAGAGGUUGCAUUGAAAAGGAGCAUUUUGACUACAUUGUGCCGAAACACUUUCUAUACUCGUACAGUGUGAAGGUCGCACUACCUUCCAGCUGAAGUGGCCUGCAGUGCAUCAGAUUGGAUGUUGCUGUUUUUGCCGAAGUCAAAAGCAAGUCUCAUUGUGAGCAAUACCAGCUCAGCCGUGUGUGCACAAGGUUCACAUGCUUACAAGCACCACGUGUGGCUUCACUCAAUAUGCCUAGGUUUUUGGAAACCAAAUACUGACACUUGUUACUCAAAUGCUUUACCGAGGUGCUAGAAGCAGAGAAAAUACAUUUGCACCGCUGUUGAACUCUCUUCUGUAGAACUCUUUCUAUUUUUGACAUCGACUGUAUUAUGUGCAAAUUCAAAGAUUAUUUUUCCCACAUGCUUUCAAAGCACUAGACUUUUUUGCUACUGUGCCCAACUACCUGCAAGGCUUGCAGUCCAUCCGGAGUGUGUGUGCGCUAGUGUUUGUAUGUGCAUUAGUUGUGCAAGAAAGUACUUUCCCUGUGCUGAAAUAUGUGCGUGCCAUACACAUACGAAGAUGGUGGUAGUACACUUCACAAGAACUGCGGUGACAGUUGUGCGUGGUUGUUGUAGUGUGCUGGGUGGCUGCCUAUUAUGUCGACUGAAAUGAACUUGUUUGCCCCACUCUUGCUAAAUGGAACUUGCCACAAAGUUAACUAAGUGCGUAUAUUGUUCCACCAUGCAAUAACUGUUUUUUGUGCUUCCUGUAUGCGAAGAUGACGCUGUAGAUGUUUUUUGGUGUUAGCUCAUUUGUCCAUGCUGUUUCUGCCACUUUGUGGGCUAGUGAACAAUUGCUUGCUUAAAAUUUCCGUGGGAAGUAUUUCUGAUUGGACUCAUGCCUACUUGAGUUUGACUAUGCCAGCAUGGUUGAUAUCGCGAACUCGUUAACGUCAGGGCCUUUGCCUAAUCAAUGUGUUGCAGGCUGCAGAGAUGUAUGUACCAAUCGAUUUGUGAACAAGUAUUUUACACUUUAGUUUUCACAGCUUGCCACUAGGUGAUCCUUUUUAAAACCUAGAGGGCAAGAAGAUGCAGCCUUUGAAUGAUCAGCUGAAAGUCCUACUAAUAAGCCACACAAACACUUUGCAGCUAGUUAGCUAACCUUUUGGGAAGUGGUCUGUACAUUUUAUGGUCAGACUUGCAUUCUGUGUUGUGUGCACACGGGAAAGCUUCUUGGUCAGCAUACUGCUAGGUGACGCUGUUGUCCACCAUAGAUGUAAAUAUGCGCAAAUCUUAUCAGGUGGCCCAUGAGGUGGGGACUAAGUACUGUAGAGAUAAACAUUCUCAUUUAUUUUUUAAAACAGUGUGGCAUCUUGCCAAAAUGUUUUCUCAAAUUAUAUUUGCAUGCUGUGCAUGGAAUGUAGUUGUCAUUAUUUGUUGUCUAUUUGUUGUUCAAUUUUUUUUUUUUUUUUGCUUAUUGAAGUAACAUACCUAGCUUUUUAAGAGCUUGCGACGUUAUUUUUUUAAUAUAGAGAGUGUUACUACUCUACUCUUCACAAAUGGUCCCAAGAGUGCUGGUAUUUGUCUGUCACAAAAAACAUAUCCAAGACUUUUAGUUGCUUUCUAAUUUCUUGGUUCCUUUUGCCUUGAUCGCGAUCAGCAACAGGAAGACAGAUGGAAAAAUUUGCAGCCUGUGCAGACUUCUCCUGCUGUGAGUGACUUAGCAGAUAAGCUUCGCUGAUUCUGUGUAAGAAUCCAGUCGCGCCUUAUUUUGUUAUAAGAUUCUGUGUUGCAUGCGUGGAGCUCUUUUUAUUUCUCAAGCAGAAUUACUCCCUUGUGUGCUCCUAAGAAGCCAUGGAGGCUUGUUGUAAGGAGUGCACUUUUCAUUUAGUUACAGUGGCUCGUUGUUUUCUGUUUUUAAUUAGCAUGAGAGAGUGAUCAUGUGUGAAUGUAUAGUGCGGCAGUCUUUGAGCUACAUAUUUUUAUGUCUAAUGGCUGGCGCUGUCAUCAGCAGCGCAGUGUCCUGAACAAACGACGUAUUGUGUAACAUUUAUGUAAAUACAGAAGUGUACUUGUCAGUGACCGAGUGUGUGCAACCCUUGCAAAGCCACACAAAUGUAUUCAUUGCAAAAAACUGUGUGCCUCUCCUUCCCUUAGUAUCUGUUUUCAGUGCUCUGUUUCUUUGUUGUUGUUUUUUUUUCCAGCCGUGACUUUAUGGUGGGAUAUUUUAGUGUUUCCUUAGUUAAGUGUGCCCUACAUAGUAUGGUGGCAAAAAUGUGUUUAAAUGAUGUCUUUAAAGUAUUAAUGUCUCAUAAUGAGUCAGCAGCGUUCAGGGUGUGAAGCUAGCCUAAUAUGGGAACCUGGAUGACUAAAUGAAAGGUGUUUGUGUUGUGCAAGAGAAAAAUAAAAGCGCCCGCAGAUUGUAGUAAAAUGAAUGUGCAUGUGAGCGAAUGGUGAAGUUGCCUUGCUGCUGUGAUUUUCCUGCCGCCUCUUUUUUUUUUUUUGUGCAUUUUCUUUCCCACCCAAUACCUGUUGAUGUCCCAGCUACAUUUAUGAAUGACAAUAAAAAUUGUUGACGUAUGUG